CUCUCAGCGAAGCGCGCACGUUGAGCCGGCUUUACCGCUGCUUCUCUCGGGCUGUGUUCCGAUCAUGUCGUCCAAGAAGAACAGAAAACGGUUGAACCAAAGCGCCGGGAAUGGUUCGCCCUCGGCCUCCGCUGCUUCCUUUUCUGCCGGGGCCACAGCUUCUGCCGUGGCGGCCGGGACACUGGUGGUGAUCAACUUCUUAGAAAAGGACGACAAAGUUCCUAAAGCAUUCCAGAAUUCCCUUGUUCAACUUGGACUCAACACCAUGAAGUCUGCAAACAUAUGUAUUGGUCGACCAGUGUUGCUUACCAGUUUGGAUGGAAAGCAAGAGGUCUAUACGGCCUGGCCUGUGGCAGGAUUUCCUGGAGGCAAGGUUGGCCUGAGUGAAAUGGCACAGAAGAAUGUGGGUGUGAGGGUUGGUGAUGCCAUCCACGUCCAGCCUGUUUUGGGUGCUGUGCUGCAGGCUGAGGAAAUGGACGUGGCACUCAGUGACAAAAAUGCAGAUAUUAAUGAAGAACAACUGACUGCUUGUCUUCUGAGAAAACUAGAUGGCAAGAUUGUUUUACCAGGCAACUUUCUGUAUUGUACAUUCUAUGGACGACCAUGCAAGUUGCAAGUGUUGCGAGUGAAAGGAGCAGAUGGCACGCUGUUGAGAAGGGCUCAGAAUGACUCUGACACUAUUGCCCGGGGAAUGGCCUCCAAGCCAUCCAGUGUGGAAACUAGUACCCUGGAUAUAUCCUUACAGCUAAGCCAGUUAGGUCUGGAAGUGCCCCAAAACCCAACAUCAAGCAGUACUCCUUACAAACCAGGAGAUGGCAGAAUGAUAAAUAAAGCUGGUGGCGUUUCGUCAGGUGUUACACAGAGUCCUGGGAAUGGCAGUGGACUUGGACUAGAGGCAGUCACAGGUCUUAAACGUCGUUCUCAGUCUGCCAGAGAAGGAAAUGAGCAACCUGUCAAUGAAGAGAGAUUGCUAAAGUCACCCAGCGUGGGAGCACAGUGCAACACCGAUACCUUUUAUUUUAUUUCUUCGACAACAAGAGUCAAUUUUACAAAGAUUCGUACAAAUUCAAAAGAUCAAGACAACCAAUUAAAAGUAACUUAUGACAUGAUUGGUGGCUUAAAUAGUCAGCUGAAAGAAAUUAGAGAAAUAAUUGAAUUACCUCUCAAACAGCCUGAGCUUUUCAAGAGUUAUGGAAUUCCUCCCCCUAGAGGAGUGUUGCUCUAUGGCCCUCCAGGUACUGGAAAGACAAUGAUUGCCAGGGCUGUUGCUAAUGAAGUUGGUGCCUAUGUUUCUGUAAUUAAUGGCCCUGAAAUUAUUAGCAAAUUCUAUGGGGAGACUGAAGCAAGGUUACGUCAGAUAUUUGCUGAAGCCACUCUGCGGCACCCAUCAAUUAUUUUUAUUGAUGAGCUGGAUACACUCUGCCCUAAAAGAGAAGGGGCUCAGAAUGAAGUGGAAAAAAGAGUUGUAGCUUCACUCUUAACACUGAUGGAUGGUAUUGGUUCAGAGGGAAGUGAAGGACAGGUGUUGGUUCUUGGGGCCACAAAUCGUCCCCAUGCUUUGGAUGCUGCACUCCGAAGACCUGGACGGUUUGAUAAAGAAAUUGAGAUUGGAGUUCCGAAUGCACAAGACCGGCUAGAUAUCCUCCAGAAACUGCUUCGAAGGGUGCCCCAUUUGCUCACUGAAGCUGAACUGCUACAGCUGGCAAAUAAUGCUCAUGGAUACGUUGGAGCAGACUUGAAAGCCUUGUGUAAUGAAGCAGGUCUUCAUGCCUUGAGGAGAGUCUUGAGGAAACACCCUAACCUCCCUGACAGUAAGAUGGCUGGGUUGGUGAAGAUUACUCUGAAAGAUUUCUUGCAGGGGAUGAAUGACAUCAGGCCCAGUGCCAUGAGGGAGGUAGCAAUUGAUGUCCCAAAUGUAUCCUGGUCAGAUAUAGGAGGACUGGGAAAUAUCAAACUGAAGCUGAAACAGGCUGUGGAAUGGCCCUUGAAACAUCCAGAGUCUUUCACCCAAAUGGGUAUUCAGCCACCUAAAGGAGUUCUUUUGUAUGGGCCUCCUGGAUGCUCUAAAACAAUGAUUGCAAAGGCUUUGGCCAAUGAGAGUGGGCUGAAUUUCCUAGCUGUAAAGGGGGCUGAAUUAAUGAACAAAUAUGUUGGUGAAUCUGAAAGAGCAGUUAGAGAGAUCUUCCGAAAAGCGAGAGCAGUGGCUCCUUCCAUCAUUUUCUUUGAUGAACUUGAUGCCUUAGCAGUUGAAAGGGGCAGUUCAUCAGGUGCUGGGAAUGUAGCCGAUCGUGUUUUGGCUCAGCUCUUGACAGAAAUGGAUGGCAUUGAACAGUUAAAGGAUGUGACAAUCCUGGCAGCUACUAACCGUCCAGAUAGGAUAGACAAGAAUUUAUCAUCAACCCUGACCAGCCAUUUCAGUUUUGUCUUAAUUGUUGCAAAUACUCGUCAAGGGACUUUGGAUGGAUCCCUGCAAAUUAAUCACUCCUGCUGAGAAAACAGUUCAUUGCAUGUGAAUUUGUACAGUGAGUUAUUAACAUAAUGCUCAUAUUUAAAGUUCUGCCUGUAUCUUUUCUGACAUUUUCUAUCUUGCUUUUAUCCACAUAACUUCUAGAGAAACCCUUAAAAACCAAAAAAAGACAAUAAUAAUUAAGUGUUAAUAAUGAAUAAAGGACUUUGGUGUGAUGAUGAUAUCAUUUUAUUCAUUACUAUUUACCAAUAAAACUGAUAAUUAGAAUUAACCAUCCUUUCAAUUUAUAUAUACAUAAAUUAUUUUUCUUAUUAUGUGUGCUGUCAUCAUAUACAGGACCUAAACAUGUCCCUCAGGCAAGACUAAAUAAGUCUUGGUGAGUGAGGAUUGUUACUGCUGUCAAAUUCAAGAUACUUUGUUCUGUAACCUUGUCUAAAUAGACUAUUUUAAUUGAGUCAAAUUCCACAGGCCUUUUUGUAUCCCCUUGGAGCAUAAUAACCUUUUUCCUUCUAAGUUCUUAAAAGAUGAGUAUAUUCAAGGCUGACUGUUUACAAAACUUUUUAGGGGGCAAAUUUAGCUUUUUACUUUAAACUGGCUUUGUCACUCUCAGGGAUACCAUCACCCCAUAUUUUUCAUUUCUGACCGAGGGGCCAAUGUACUCUUUCAAUUUCCUACUUGUUUUUUGUUGUUUUGUUGCCUCACUCGUGUCCGCACAGCACCCUCUUUUUCUAGUCUGUAUAUUCAAAACUUACUUGUUUUAGUGUCUAGGGUAAUAUUUAGAUAAUCAGGUAAAUAGUUCCUCAGGAUAUGCUGAUAGGAAAGAGGUAGAUUUGCUCUGGGAUACAUAUAUUUGAUUUAAGUAUCCUCCUCUUAACAUAAUACUGCUACUUUUGAUGUUUAAUGCAAUAAUAGCUAAUGAAGAAAAAUACCAGAAAGAAAGAUUUUUGAUAUUGUAUUGGUAAACUGUUCUUUCUAUACAUAGGGCUAUCUCCUUGUAUUUAUAUUCAUCUGCUUUAAUGAAUAUAGUAUAAAGCUGUUAUUUUGGCCAUGUUAUAUUUUUUCAAUUACACACUUGUUAGACAACAUAUUCAUUGUGGGUAGUGUUUUGAAAUACACCUCUGCUCUUCACCCAGAUGUGUCCUACAUGCAAUGUCGAAAUCUGCUUUGCAUGCCUCAGAUUUAAAAUAGUCAUUCCUAUUGUUUUAUCAUAUAUAUUUUACUUUCUGAAAAUUGACCUCUUUAUUUUUUUAUUUUAUUUUUUUGCAGUUAAGUCUCUUGUCAGAGGAACUUUUAUUUCUUUUUCAGGAGGCAGUUGCCUUGGAAAAUCCCUUUACUUGAGUUUGAAAAUGGAAAACUGACAUUUUUAAUUGCAAAAGUUGUUUGAAAUAUCUAAAAUAACUAUUGCUAUAAAAUGUAUUCAUGUAUAUAAAGACUAGAGGAUAAUAUUCA